AUGAACUCCUCCGGCCGAGUCUGUGCUCGCUGUUCGCGCAUUAAACAACGAUGCGACGGCAACUCCCCAUGUUCGCGAUGCACACGUCUCGGUCAUAUGUGCAAACCGCGCAGUCCGCGCAGUCCGUGCGAUAAAGAGAAUCCGGUUGCGUUCCACGCUGAUUCGGGCAGGAAGAAGAAAUGCGACGAGAACCGCCCGAGAUGCAGCGAUUGCCAUCGUUUGAAUACGGGUUGCCAGUGGCCUGUCAGUAUUGAUGAUACAGAAUUAGAACACACAGACCCCGAUGCCUCUACUCCAGCUUGCCAGAUGCCGAUCUCACCCACUGCCGAUACAAUUGACGUUUCCGACGGCGAUCCGUUAGCAUUCGACUCCACCACUCUCGAUGAUGAGGAGUUUAUUGCUUCACUCUUUCCACAUCCGUUACCUAAACGGAAUGCGGCUCUUGUUAUCGAUCGGUCGCUACUGUCUGCAAACCCAUAUUUGCGGAGUGACGAGGACCGGUCACUAUUCAACCACUAUAUUCAAGUUGUGGCUCGAGCCCUGUCCCGGUCCCACGAUUCCGAUCGGAACCCGUUCCUAGUAACGCUUUUGCCGCUGGCGGCUACGUCGGAUACCGUGACGAGUGUAAUCUUGAGUUUGAGUGGCUGUCAUUGGAGACGAGUCUACCCCAGUAUUUGGAGAUGCGCUUUGAGGCGGCAGGGCAAAGCAUUAACCCAAGUAAACACCCUCCUCGGCCGGUUGGAUCGCCAAUAUAUUUUUGAAGCCUGUGCUACGGUGCUGUUACUAUGCCUGACCGAGCUGUUUGAUGGCACCUCGCGCGUGUGGAAAUGGCAUCUCAAGGCUGCCAGUGCCAUUCUAAAGUCCCCUGCAUUCCAGGAUCUCGUCUCGACCGAUGAAUGGACAUUCUGUAUCAGUCUAUUCCACUACUUAGACUCAAUGUCUACCGUCUCCAGGUGCAAGGCACCUCUUUUGCACAAUGGCGACAGCAUGACAGAGUUGACUACAUCUCUGCGGCGAAGUAGUGUGCCAGAGCUCAAGCGCAGCCAGUCCACCGAUGCAAUAUAUGGCAUCUCCCCAGCGUUGUUUGAUCUUUUAGGGAUGGUUAACUUGCUAGCGAACCACCGGAAUAAGCGGGUGGAUGAAUUAUCAGAGAUAGGCUUCCGCGCGGCUGCAACACAUUUGGAGAAUCGGAUUGACGAGUGGAGGGCGGACCAGGAUCAUGAUGCAGAUCAGGAACCCGAUACCGAACGCGCUACUUCUGCAUUUGAGUGGGCCAUUCGACUGCGCUUGCAUCAGGUGGUGGAGGGGUAUGACCCACGACAUGAAUUUGUGGAACGGGCCAUCGUGACAAUUCUCGAUUCCGUACAGGAGAUUCCAUAUGCGAGUCGAGUAGAAGGGUGUCUUCUUUUCCCGCUCGUGAUUGCUGGAUCAAGUAGUGUGAGCAUGGAGCGCCGCAUGAUGGUUAAGGAACGACUGAUGGUAAUGGAAAACACUCUGGGCUUCAGUCAUAUCCAGUACGCAAGACAGCUACUGGAGACGGUGUGGAGUGAAGCAGAAGGGGAUUUGAACUGGGCUUCUGUACGGUAUAGUCAGUUCCCAGGGGUAGUGUUCAUUUAG